GUCCCCCAAGGCCCCGCUGCUAACAUCUAGGUGGUCCUCACCGCUGAUUGGUCGCUUGGCGAAUUUGGGCCCUAUCACCGUGGAAUGUCUAAUUUAUCAGCCAGAAAAUUGCAAUUGAGCAUCACGUGGUGGUCUGGAUCGAAAAGGUGGGGGUUAAUAUUAGAGGUAUAGGAGGGUCAGAGUGGGCUCCCUUCCAUAUUGUGCAAGAGACCAGGAGAAGGAAAAUACACUAUUUUCCAAAGAGGGAUUACCGAAAAACGUGCACGGAUGUUGACGAUGCAACCAGAGUUUAUUGCCUGAUUCUUCUGGAGUUGUAGGAGGCCCAGGAACCCCCCAAACCAUGGCAGAAGGGGGCUGUGCAAAGACCGAAGAGGAAGAAGCCACGGGCUCAGAGGAGGAUCUGGGUUCGUCUCGUGGCAGCGGCGUGUGUAAAUGGUUCAACGUCCGGAUGGGUUUCGGGUUCCUGUCGAUGACCAACCGAGAUGGGACUCCGCUCGAGGAGACUGUCGAUGUAUUCGUUCAUCAGAGCAAGCUGCACAUGGAGGGCUUCCGCAGCCUGAAGGAGGGCGAGGCGGUGGAGUUUACCUUCAAGAAGUCGUCUAAAGGCCUAGAGUCUGUCACGGUGACGGGGCCAGGGGGAGCACAGUGUGUGGGCUGUGAGAAGACACCUAAGGGACAACAGAAACGACGCUCCAAGGGGGACAGAUGCUACAACUGUGGAGGACCUGAACACCAUGCCAAAGAAUGCCAGCUACCUCCUCAGCCCAAGAAGUGCCAUUGCUGCCAGAGCAUCAGCCACAUGGUGGCCAGCUGUCCAAUCAAAGCACAGCAGUCCUCCCCUGGCUCUCAGGGAAUAGCAUCAUCAUUGAGGGAUGAGAAAGAGGAGCAGAGCCACGCCCCCUUACUCCCCAGGGAGAGCUCUGAUUGAUCCAUUCAAGGAUUCAGCCAAUCACAAGGUUUCAUUGUAAUGCUGCUGUUGGAACUACAUCAGGCUGUCUUUAUUUAUCGAACGAACAGCAAGAAAAUUGUACUUUUAUUGAUGCGAUAGUUGAGAUUGAGAGUUAGCUCUGUGUUUUAAUGCACAGAGAGACACAUCUAUCCACCUUCUUUGCAACUCAAAUACUUUUAAGUAAUUCCUUUUUUUGUCUAUGAAGGUAUUCUUUCUGCAUUAGAUAAAGAAGUGUCUUAGCUUCACACUGAAACAAUCAAAACUCACUGUGUUUACAAACUGCAAUAAGCCUUGUAUUGUCAGUUUUUACCACUGUACCUAUGUGCACUGAUCAUUUUAUUUUCCCUGCUGCAGCUAAAUCAGAGCUAGCCUACGUUGAUUUUACUGGAGAUGAUCGUGAGUGUUUUCCCCCAAAUCUUUUGUUAGAAAAAGGUCAAGAAAAUACAAUCAUCCAAGUGAAUGUACAGAAAUAGAUUGUUUCUUGGUCAAAAAGGAGUGUGUCUUUCUGCUUAUUGAAAUCUUCUUUGGGUAUUAUAAGUCAUUGUGUAUUUCUUCAGCCAAGUGAAUGUUUUAACCCUUUCUGCUGUAUGAAUGUUGGUACACCAUGGUUGCCGAUAGGACUGUGUACAAUACAGCUUGUCAUAAGUGCCAUAGCCUGGCCAUUUGUCUCAUGGGUGGUUGGAUGUUGCCUCCUCCCAUGCAUUUUACAAAGCUUUGACUCAAGGCUAAUUGCUAGACCAGCGUUGAUUGUAUGACAGACUGUGUCUUUCUGUCUGUCCCAUAGCUUUUACUAUGGCUGUAGACAUGGCUUUCUAACAUAUUCUACAUAUUAAGGGUGUUCUCAUACCCUGCCCAAUACAUUACCUGUUUAUCAUUGUCUCGUUGUACUUGGAAACUAUUUAGACAAAAUGUGCUUUCUUGGAUGGAGCUGAGUGUUUUUUCUUCAAGGAUAUAUUUUCAUGAUUGAGUGCAAUGAUAAAGGGACUCAAGUGUUGAAUAAGAUGGUUCUAAGUGUAGUCUUCAUUCCUCUUUUACAGAGGUGGCUGGAAUACUUUACACCACUUAAAUGGAUAAAGAUAUUGUUAUCUUUUUUAUAUUUAUUAUUUAUUCAUUGUCUUAAUUCUCUAAACCUCUAAUUGAUCCAGUAUUACAAUUUCUAGCUCAUUUCUGUUUAAACUGAAACUGGCUUUGGUUGUAGGCUCUUUAGAGCUUCAUGGUCGUAUUUAGGGGCUUCAUUUUCAGUUGACUUCGUAAUAUGUUGUGCGUAAACCAUUGCAACAAUACUCUGCACUAAUCAUGUGUAGGAGUAUGGGCAUUUCUUAAAGAUACUUAAUUACUCAUUGAUCCUUAUGAUUGUAGCUAGGGUUUAGUUUCUCUGAAAUCCUCAUGUUGAACUCAGGGAAACCCCUUUAAAGAGGAGCUACUUUGGAAGGAGGGGUAAAGUGUAUUAUGUGUGUACCUAUAGCCUAUAGGCUGGGUUGCCGGAAAACCCAUGCAGAACAUUGAUUGCCAAAAGAGCCAAAAGGGCAAUGCACUAUUUACACAUUGCUAUGACGUUACAGUAGUACAGCUAGCUAUAUUUAAUGUUAUAUCCUAGUUUUGCUCUCUUUUUCUGAUUUUAAUUGGUGAACAAGUUGUAAGACAGCGUAGGUAUUAGAGAAUAAUGAUAUUUCCUUAGACACCCUAAGUUACUUCUCCGGUCUCUCUCUGGAAGUGGCACAAGACCAGUCUGAAGCACCAAACCAUCUACCUCCCCACUUUCAGUUGUUAUUGUAAAUAUACAGCUUCGUCACAAUAUUAAUAUAAUGUUGUUUAGUCCCGUGUUUACUUUGCAUGGUAGUCAGUCAGUAGUUAGAAUAGAGMAGACUCGCCUCUCCAUGUAGGAACUACAGAAUGGGCGCCUUUGUAGACAAAGCAUUUUGAUGACCAGGGUUGGACUGGCCGGUCCAUUUUUAGCCCAGUGGGCCUAUCUAACUUGGGUUUUUUGGGCAAAAUUAUCAUUAUCCGGUUAAUAAUGGGCGCCUUGAGGGAAUAAAUGGGCCAUUGUGGGGGUUCAAGAAAAAUAUAUGACCUUGUCUAUGACCUUUCAAGAUCUUGUGUUGAUGGGUAAUGACAUUUGCCAUUUGAUGUCACACAGUCAUACGGGUUUGAGCCUAGUAUUUUAUCCCUUAAUUUAUUUAGGCUGUAAAGUCCAGACAAUGGGUUUAAUCUUUUUAUUUUAUUUAGAGUGGGUCGUGUUUUUUAUAUUACAAUGUUCUUACUAUAUGAGAACAAGACAGCAAUGCCUUGUCAAGAAUCUAUACAAGUCUACCUCAGGAUGUUUUUGAAAAUGGACAAUGACAGAGUUUUUUUUAAUCAAGAUGAAUUUGUCCAUGAAUGUUGUGAGAUUUUAUGUGAAUGUUUUAUUUGUUUCAGUUUGCAAUGCGAUGUGUUCUACCUCCCACAGAAAUGCUGUUGAAUGAUUGUUUACUGCUUUUAUUUUCUGUGAUUAAGCAUUGUCUGCACCAAUACAUCACAGACAUUUCUGAACUAUUC